UUAACUGUGCUUUCCACUGGGUCUCUUCGCCUCAGCCCACCACAUCCACACUCCCAGCCGUCAUGCAUGCCUGCGUCAGGCAACAUAUGGAGUACUACCACUUCCUUCUGCUCUGGAUCUGCAGCCAGCUGUUAGGAUUUCAUGACUGCUUUAAUAUUGACAUAACAAAACACAGGAUCAUCAAAGGUCCAAAGCCAGCCCAGUUUGGAUACACUGUUCAGCAACAUGUGGCUGCUGGGGGAGAAAAAUGGUUAUUAGUGGGGGCGCCGUAUGAAAUGAACGGCGCUUACCAGACGGGGGAUGUAUAUAAAUGUUCACUGACCAAACGGACGAAUGGAAACGGCUGCACCAAGCUUAACCUUGGAAGGAUAUCUCUGACCAAUGUAUCCGAGCGGAAGGACAAGAUGAGGUUGGGAAUGACACUUACGACCAAUCCUAAAGACAACAGCUUUGUGGCAUGUGGGCCACUUUGGUCCUAUGAGUGCGGAAGCUCUUACUACAGCACUGGUAUCUGCUCCAGAGUCAACGCUAGCUUCAAGUUCUCCAGAACAAUUGCACCUGCCUUUCAGAGAUGUGAGACCUACAUGGACAUUGUGAUUGUUCUGGAUGGAUCAAACUCCAUCUACCCCUGGUAUGAAGUGCAAGCUUUUCUUAUCAACAUCCUUCAGAAAUUUUAUAUUGGACCAGGUCAAAUACAGGUUGGAGUUGUUCAGUACGGUGAGAAGGUUGUACAUGAGUUCAAACUCAAUGAUUUUAAAUCUGUUGAAGAAGUGGUGAAGAGAGCACGCAGUAUCAACCAGCGAGGUGGGGAGGAGACCAACACGGCUCUUGGUAUCAACAUAGCACGCUCUGAAGCUUUCAAACAGGGAGGUCGACGUGGUGCCAAGAAAGUGAUGAUCGUGAUAACUGACGGAGAGUCACAUGACAGCGCUGACCUCCAACCAGCCAUUGAGGAGAGUGAGAAGGAUGGAAUCACCCGUUACGCCAUUGCAGUUCUUGGCUACUACAACCGAAGAGGAAUCAACCCCGAGGCCUUCCUCAAUGAGAUCAAGUACAUUGCCAGUGACCCAGACGACAAACACUUCUUCAACGUGACUGAUGAGUCGGCACUGAAGGACAUUGUGGAUGCACUUGGAGAGCGCAUCUUCAGUUUAGAAGGAACAAGUAAAAAUGGGACAGCGUUUGGUCUCCAGAUGUCUCAAGCUGGAUUCUCUGCUCACAACGUGGAGGAUGGGACUCUGGUGGGAGCUGUUGGAGCGUAUGAUUGGAAUGGGGCAGUGCUUAAAGAAACACGGCAAGGGAAGGUGGUACCUCCUAAAGCUGCUUACAUGCAGGAGUUUCCAGAAGAGCUCAAAAACCAUGGCGCCUACUUGGGUUAUACAGUGACAUCAGUCGUGUCGGCCAAAAAUGGGCGUCUACUUGUUGCGGGAGCUCCACGCUUCAACCAUACCGGCAAAGUGAUCAUUUUCACGUUGAAAAGCCCCGGCAAUCUCACCAUCCUCCACUCCCUCAAAGGCCAGCAGAUUGGCUCAUAUUACGGCAGUGAGAUUGCACCAGUGGAUAUGGAUGGAGAUGGUGUAACGGAUAACCUUUUGGUGGCAGCACCCAUGUUCUUCAGCGGCGGCAUGGAGAAAGGGAAAGUCUACAUCUACAGAUUGACAGAGCUGAAUCGUUUUGUUUUUGAGGGUGCACUGGAGAUCCACAACGGUGGCCAGAAUGCUCGCUUUGGCUCUUCGCUUGCACCUGUCCCUGAUUUAAAUGGGGAUGGCUUCAAUGACCUGGUGGUAGGAGCACCGCUGGAAGAUGAUCACAAAGGCGCCAUUUAUGUUUUCUUUAGCCAGCAAAACAGAAUACUGCGCAAAUACAAACAGAGGAUUGCAGCAGCAGAUUUGGCACCUGGCCUGCAGUACUUCGGCCGCAGUAUCCACGGAAUGAUGGAUAUGAACAACGAUGGUUUAGUUGAUCUGGCAGUAGGAUCCCUUGGUGCAGCUGUUCUCCUCUGGUCAAGGAGUGUCGUCCGCAUAUAUACCACCGUUAGGUUUGAACCCAGUAAAAUCAACAUCUUCGUGAAGGACUGUCAAAGGGGUGGCAAAGAUGUGACCUGCAUGUCAGCCAUUGUGUGCUUCAACAUCACUGCAAGGACAGCCAUUGCUGCAACGCAGGAAAUCGGGAUCAAAUACAACGUCUCCAUUGUGGAACGACGUUUCAAUCCACGGGCCGUACUGGACAACCCAAGCAAGUCUCAGCCUCAAAACCUGACUCUUCUUCCUGGUGAGGAAACCUGUGAGCACAUCUACUUCCAUGUCAUGGAAACCAUCGACUAUGCAAGACCCAUUGUGUUUGCUGUUCAAGUUGGGUUGUGGGAUGCAGAAAAUGGACCAGUUCUCGAUGAAAGCUGGCCAACCCUUUCAAAAACUGAGUUGCCCUUCUGGAAUGGCUGUGACGAGGAUGACCGGUGUGUGCCAGAUCUAGCACUGCAGAGUAUGACAGACCUGAUGACUCCAAAUCAGUUCUGCUCACAGCCUGUUCAGUCUCGGGGUGCUUUCUGUCGCCAUCUGAAUGAAGGCAGCACCGAGGGAUCUUUACGGGUUCUAGAAGCAAACAGGAGACGGAUGGUUGUGGAUGCACGAUUGGAGAACAAAGGAGAAAACGCUUACAAUGCUCGCCUUAAUAUUAGCUACUCACCCAAUUUGCGCUUCUCAAGCCUGAUAUUAAAGGACAACGCUGAUGUCAAAAUUGAGUGUUACACUGAAGACAAACUGAGACAUGAGAAGAUCUGUAAUGUCAGUGCACCAUUUAUGAAGUCCAAGGCACAGGUAUUAUUUCGUUUGGAGUUUGAGUUCAGCCGCAGUGUCUUCCUCAGUCACCUGAGAGUCAUCCUGGAAGCAAGCAGUAAUGGCGAGGAAGUGAGCACAGCUGACAAUUACAAUGACAUCUAUUACUCCCUGCAAUACGAGGCAGAUCUUCUCUUCACAAGGGAUUCCAAUCCAACUCGAUAUGAGAUCAAGUCGGAGCUCUCACUGGAGGAGCCUGGAGUUACUGGUCCUCCUUUUAACUUCACUUUUCAGAUCCAGAACCUUGGUUACUUUCCUGUUAGAGAUCUACAGCUCAACAUUGACAUCCCGGAAAUGACAAAAAAUGGGAAUCAGCUACUACAGAUAUCUGAUUUCCACAUUGAUGAGAGAGAUGGCACGUACUGUUUACCACCUCAGCAUGUGGCGCAGAGCAGGGCGUCGCCCGAGGACCUGACCCGCUUCUCUCGCUUGAAUCGAAGCAACACCCUGGUACUGCCGUUACAGUGCACUGUCAACGUGGCUCCCUACAGAGAAAUCUCCGUUAGAAUCACGGGGGCUCUACGAGUGCAUACUUUACAUGCGCUCAAGUUUAAAAUCCUUGAACUGGUCACCAGCGCAUCAGUGGAGCUGCCCCCCACCAGCCACAUGUUUCUACAAGAAGAGAGGCCCAUCAGAAAUAUAAUAUUGGAAGUCCGAAAGGAGGGCGAUUACAGAAUCCCAAUUUGGAUAAUCCUCGGUAGCACGCUGGGAGGACUCUUACUGUUAGCUCUGCUCAGUCUGGCUCUCUGGAAGUUGGGCUUCUUCCAGAGGCAGAAACGGGGGGAUGAGGAUGAGCGGGAAGCAAUUGGAAAAGUGCCCGAGGAACGGUAACGCAGGCUGGAGGCAAGACACCUUUCCCACAGGGGAGCCGACACUCAGGGACCACUCCUCCUUCCUCCCGUCCUCCAACAACCACGGCGGCGCCACCUGGACAGCUCUGUGUGGUCACUGAGGCGCAAGGCUUCUUCAGCACACUGGACCUGUUCCAUGCCACGACCCCUGACCCCCAGGAGUCAGCACUGUCACACUCACAGCGUAACUGCACUGUUACGACAUGAAGGACGUUCUACGUCUGUGUAGUCCACCGUCCUCACUGUCAACCCUUCACAGAUUUUGAUGCUCGUUUUCUCAGUUCUGAGGAAGAAUAGAGAUGAAUCUCUUUGGAGAAUUCUCCUCCUCGCUUUCUUUUUUGUCAUAUUUAUUGAACUUGAUACAGAAAAUGUUGUAAUACAUGAACAACCUCAACCUGUCCACCAAAGAGCUGCCACAAAUGCAAAGAUGUUUUGCUGUAUGUUGAAUUUGAUGUUUAAAAAGAAACGACAGUUGACUCUCAAAGUAAUUUAUAUGAUGCUGUAAAACGCAACCAAAGUCACCAAAGCCAAGACUAUUUGCUUUUAAAGGACAGAGACUUUUUUCUUUUCUCUGAAACUCCUUUUUCAAGAACGCUUUCAUCCUUGAAAACAUGCCAGAUGAUCUUUUAAUUAUUUGAUGCACUUUUACUUUGUACAAAUUUAACUUGAAUUUGUAAAUAGCUUUAUAUACGUUUUUAUAUCCUUUCAAAUUAGGGGUGCACGAUCAUUAUCGGGCCGAUAUAUAAAAAUAAAUAUAUAUCAAUAUAUUAAAAAUAGUGCCGAUAACCGAUACAGCGGUGCCUUGGUUAACGUCAAUCCAUUCCAGAAUGUCCGACUCAAACCAAAACGGACUCUAAUCAAAGCAUAGAAAAUGUAAAUCCAAUUAAUCCAUUCCAGACACCCAAAAAUGUUAUCACAAAACACAUUUUAUAGACAAUUAUAGUUUUACAUGCAGAAAAUGAUGAAAACAUAAUUACAAAUGACAGAUGAAUGGACGCCUGACAUUUAACAUCACUUUUACCUAGUUUUGUUAAUCAUCAAUUAACAAAAUAAACACAUUAUUCUGCUGCAACCACAAUUUGCAAAAAUGUCAAAAAUAUAUCAAAGUAAAUAUCAACGUUCUAGAACCAAUAAACAUGUACCUUGCCGUUUGAUAUAGAAAAUGAAAAAAACGCUGGCGGCAGUGAUGUCGCAGAAAUGCGCCGGCGAGGAUGCCUUCUAAGGUGUCUGGUGACGUGUGAUGUGUUUGACUCCGGAUGCUGCGAACAUGCUACGAUAAGUUUGAAUGCUUAUGUUUUGUUGUUGGAAGCAGAAAUGAGUGUUAUGGAUGUAAAAUGAGACACAGAGUGUCGCCCUCCACGCGCCACCGAGUGGAGUAGAUGUGUGUAGUACAUGUGUAUGCAUGGGUGUGUGUGCACCGCAGCCCAUGAUGGAGCCAUUCCGUCACAUUUACAUACCUCUGAAAUGACGACGAUAGUGCCGAUUAUAAAUAAGUAUCACGAGAUUUCGUCUUGGCCGCCUGAUCCAAGAUGGCGGUGUAAACAAAUUUGGAACGCUGAACAAGCGGGUAAAGGCAAGCCAAGGCAAAAUUUUUGCGAAAAUUUGGGAUGUUAACAGAAAAGCGCCCUAACCAGGGCGGACGUUAACCGAGGUAUCUCUGUAAUUUAAAAAAACCCUCCAAUGAGGCAAGAUUACCCAGACUUUGCUGGUGAGCCAAUGAAGUGCUCCUUUUUUCUCCAGCCUGUGACGUUAACAGCUUGCCGUAACUUCCCUUGUAAGCAAAAGUUCACUUUCCGAGGAAGACAUUGUGCGUGCUAGUUGUACCAAAUGCUCCGCGAUGAGGGGGGGAAAAAAACCCAUCAAGGUUUGCCAGAGACCUUCGUGGCGUCACACCGGUUGCUCAGAGCGUGUGCCCAAAGACAGUGCACCUUGAUGGGCCACUCCAGGUGGCUCAUCCUUCUCUGUACUCCGGUUUUCCUGACCUCCAUAGCGGCACACCGGCUGCUCGAAGCAAGUGUCCGAAUAUAGUGCACUUUGCUGGGCCACAGCAGGUUGUGCCAUCCUCUCUGUACUCUGGUUCUCCUGAUAGUAGUGAUGUGGUAGUAGUAAUGUCAUGAUAUUUCAUUAGGACAAAUCAACCAGUACAGUUGGUCAAAUCCAAAUGUGUUUGAGUCCUUCUUACCUCCAGGUGUGCACAAACUUCAGUUAAAUUUUAAUUUUUAGAAAUAAAAAAAAGUUAUCGGUUAUUGGCACCUUUUCGGUCUUGAGAAGCAGAAAGUGAUCGGUAUCAGUUUGAGAAAAAAGAUCUCGUGCAUCUCUGUUUCAGAUAUUAUGAAAUGUUAUUCUCCACAUGGUUUAUGGCAUUAUGUGUACAAAAGGAAAUGAGAAUAUGAUGAUUUGAAGGGAGUGAACCUGCUAACAUAUUGUUACACAUCGAGACAAAACACUGCUUUGUUCUCAUUCAACAGAAAAUGCAUUGACAUGACGUUGAUUUGACAUUCAGUGUAUAAUUAGGUCAAGUAAAUGUGCAGCAUGUUGCCUACACAGGCGUGCCAGCAUCCCUCCGGGGCUGCAAUUGAAUGUCUCUUUGUCCUGUUGGACGGGGCGUAGAAGAGCUGUAAUAAGUCUAUGAAUAAAACAUGUAUUUGUCUCUG